AUGGCGGACGACGGCAUGCUCCUCAACUUCGAGAUCGGGGACGGCCCGCUCCAGCCCAAGAUCAAGUUCAAGGGCGGGCGCUGGCGCGACCGCAUGCGCGCAGAGAAGAACCUCAAACGGCACGGCACCGAUGCCCCGCAGCCUCGAUCCGGAGCCAACGCCGGCGACGUGGGCAGCAGGCCCGACAGGAGAGACGGAUUCGACGACUCGGACAGGCCGGCGAAGCGGCCGAGGACGUUUGGGGGUGCGGAUACCAGGGGCCCGCGACCGUCAUUUGGUGGAUAUGGCGAUCGCGCAGACGGAGGAGGCAAGCCGAAAAGUGGUGGUGCGCACGGCGUUACCUCGCGAUUGUUCACCGCAAACCCGACGCCCGUGACGACGUUUGACGAGAAGCCUGCCGAAGAGACCGAGCCCGCGAAACCCUCGAACGCGCCGCUGUCGGACGAGGCCGAGAACUUCCACGCCCUGGGCCUCUCUCGCAGGAUGGCACAGCACCUGUCGUCGAAGCUCGAGAUGAAGGCGCCAACGGCUAUUCAGAAGAACACGAUACCCCAAUUGGUCAAGGAGGACAGCGACGCCUUCCUCCAAGCCGAGACCGGUUCCGGCAAGACGCUGGCCUACCUGCUGCCCAUCGUCCAGCGCAUUAUGGCGCUGAGCCACAACGAAGACGGCUCGAGCAAGAACGUCAAGAUACACAGAGAUUCCGGGCUGUUCGCAAUCAUCCUAGCGCCCACGCGAGAGUUGUGCAAGCAAAUCGCGACGGUGUUGGAGAAGCUGCUGCGCGCCUGCCCAUGGCUUGUUAGCACCACGGUCAUUGGAGGCGAGAGCAAGAAGUCGGAGAAGGCGAGGAUACGAAAGGGCGUCAACAUCCUCAUUGCGACGCCCGGCCGCCUGACGGACCACCUCGACCACACCAAGGUUCUGGAUGUCGGCACGGUCAGGUGGCUGGUGCUCGACGAGGGAGAUAGGCUGAUGGAGAUGGGCUUUGAGGACGACAUCCGCACGAUCGUGGGCAAGAUCCGGAAGGAGGACCUCAGGAACAAGAACAAAGACGGGGUUGUCCUGGACGGCAUCCUGCCUUCGAGACGGGUCACCGUCCUUUGCUCGGCUACGAUGAAGAUGAACGUCCAAAAGCUAGGAGAGAUCAGUCUCGAAGACGCCACCCACAUUACCGCCGCAAACCAGGACGGCACGAUCGACACCGCAGAAGUCAACGACGCCAUCUUCUCGGCGCCCUCGCAGCUCAAGCAGACCUACCUCAUCGCUCCGGCCAAGCUACGCCUCGUCACCCUCAUCGCCCUCCUCAAGUCGACCUUUGCCCGCAAGGGCUCGGUCAUGAAGGCCAUCAUCUUCAUCUCGUGCGCCGAUUCGGUCGACUUCCACUUCGAUCUCCUGAAAGACACACCCACCGCCGCCACCCCCAAACCCGACGAACCCGUGGAAAGUGCAACCAGCACCAGCCCGGCCGUGGACGAGGACGAGGACAAGGAUAGAGACGAGCAAGCCUCCCCAGCAAAGAGCAAACCCAAACCCAGCCCGUCGUCCCACACCGUCGGAACCGUCGCGCCGGCAGCAUACAUCACCUCCCCGGCCAACCCGUCCAUCACCAUCCACAAGCUGCACGGCUCCCUGCCCCAGCCCGUCCGCACCGCGACCCUCGCGUCCUUCGCCAACGACAAGCAGCCCACCGUGCUCAUCACGACCGACAUCGCCUCGCGCGGCCUCGAUGUGCCCGCCGUCGACCUCGUCGUCGAGUACGACCCGGCCUUCGCCGUGGCCGACCACGUCCACCGCAUAGGCCGCACCGCCCGCGCCGGUCGCCCGGGCAAGGCGGUGCUGUUCCUCAUGCCCGGCUGCGAGGAAGGGUACGUCUCGCUCCUGGGCGCGCAGGCGGCGCCGCAGCUCUACGACGCGGUGCUGCAGAAGGCGCUCGCGACCCCCGUUGAGUUCCCCGUCGCGACUGGCGCGGGCGCGGGGGCCAGGUCGACCGACGAGGCCGAGUCGGCGAGGGGCAAGAGGCUGACGUGGACGUCGCGCGCCGAGGCGCUGCAGCUGCACCUCGAGCAGCGCCUGCUGGCCAACCCCGCCGCCACCGCCGACGGUGCUGAUGCCGAGCACCAGCAGGCCUCGCCCAGCAAGGCCGGUGGCGCCAAGGGCACCAAGAAGCCGCAGAGAAAAGGCGGCAAGGACUCCGCCGCAAGCAGCAGCAAUAAGCUGCUCGACUCGGCGCGCCAGGCCUUCCGCUCGCACGUGCGGGCCUACGCGACGCACACGCGCGAGGAGCGCGUCUACUUUGACUUGACGCAGCUGCACCUGGGACACCUGGCCAAGAGCUACGGCCUGCGCGAGGCGCCCGGCGGCAUCGGCGGCGGGGUGCAGAGGCGGGGCGGUUCUUCUGCUGCUGGUGGUAAGAAGGGCGGUGCCUCGGGUGCUGGCGGGGGCAGGAGUGGUGGUGGUGCUGGCGGCGCUGGGUCCGACGACGAGGGCGGCGGCGGCGCGGGACAGGUCGACGAGGGCGCUGCGAGGAGGAUGAGGGAGAAGAUGAGGGCUGUUAUGGACGGGGCUGGGGAGUUUAACAUCGGGUAG